AUGGCUUUCGGCAAACGCAUCACAGCGCCUUACAGCGGCCCUUUCGACCCUGAGAACCGAUUUGUGACAUCCUGGAUCUUGCCACCCGGCCUCCUGUUUGCUGUUCGAGCUCUCCUGUCCCUCUACGCCUUUAUCACGCUCUUCACCAUCUUCGGUUGGAACGGGAGCCAUGAUAUGUCAGAGGCUUCACGGCGUUCAUUCUCCUACUUUACGCACCUGACGUAUUGGGGACUGGCGUUCUAUCACGCAUUCAGCGCUGCCCAUACUGGAAGCUACUGGCUUACUGGCACUUCAUUCCUAGCCCGUUGGCCCAAGUCACUGCAAGUUGCUCACAGCAUGUUCUACUCUACCGUUGUGAUCUACCCUUGGAUCGUCACUGCUGUCUACUGGGCUAUUCUCUUGCCUGGCAGGUUCCCAUCAACGUUUGAACUCUGGUCGAAUGUCUCUCAACACGCCCUCAACUCGUUCUACGCAUUAUUCGAAAUUGUUGUGCCAAGGACGGAACCAUUACCAUGGCUGGAUCUAAUUCCAAUCGUCAUACUCUUGGCUCUAUACCUUUCACUAGCAUAUCUCACUUACGCAACCCAAGGCUUCUACACUUACAGUUUUCUCAACCUCCAGGAGCACUCUUCCGGUAUCGUCGCGGCCUACAUCGUUGGUAUAUUGGUAGCUGCAAUUAUCCUCUUCCUCAUUGUGAAGUGUGCUAUCUUACUGCGGAUUUGGAUUACCGAAAAAUUACUGCACAUGUCUGGGAAAUUCUCCAGUGGUGGACGCCCGAGACUGCCGGAUCACGGACCUGAAAAGGGCCUGCCACUGCACCAACUGGGCCUGAAGUGA